GGUGUUGCUCAAUGGCAAGAUGGUGGAUCUGUGUCCGGAGUAGAUGACGGUAAAACUCAAGAGACAUUUGUUCUGUAUUUUAUUUAUUGGACAGUGUGACUGUUACAAGUACUACAGAGUGGACCGUUCAUCCUGUAAAUAUAUUUGGAUAUAAAGUGGUGUUAAGCUGUCCAAAAACUCCUGAACUGUGUGGCCGAAGUGAUGCAACAUGGCAGCAACUCCUGUCAGAAGGUCCUUUCUCUCAGCACUAAGGAGAAACAGCGGCUGUCAGAACCGUGAAUUUAAAUGUUUAGCAGAGAGGACAGUCAGCCGGGUGUCAUCUGCUGUGAUAUGUCACCACAGCGGAGCAGAGGGGAACACAAGGCUGGCCGGGGGACCCCCGGUGGAGUGGGAAAGAGAAGAUGGUCGGGACAGAAGCAGCAGCUCUCCUCUGAUCAAGUCGGUCUCUGUGGGAUUGGGACUCUGUGGUGCGGUGUUUCUGGACAGUCAGAGAGACGAGAAAGCAAAGGACAGAAGAGUCUCGAUAUCCGGGCGCUUUCUUGAGCUCGUUCUGCCAUCAGCUCAGUGUGCUGCUCCUUUUAAACCUGACAGCCCCCGGUAUAAAUACAACUUUAUUGCAGAUGUGGUCGAAAAGUCCUCUCCAGCUGUCGUGUACAUUGAAAUCGUGGGCAGACACCCAUUUUCAGGAAGAGAAGUCCCAGUGUCAAAUGGCUCUGGUUUCAUUAUCAGCAGUGAUGGUCUCAUUGUCACCAAUGCUCACGUCGUGGCCAACAAGAGAGGUGUCCGUGUGAAGCUCACCAACGGAGACAUGUACAAUGCCACUGUGCAACACGUCGACCCAGUGGCAGACAUCGCCACCAUCAAAAUCACUGCGAGGAAUCCUUUACCCACGCUCACCCUCGGUCAAUCAUCUGAUGUUCGGCAAGGAGAGUUUGUAGUCGCCAUGGGGAGCCCGUUCUCUUUACGGAAUACAAUCACGUCAGGAAUCGUCAGCUCAGUACAGAGAGGCAGCAAGGAGCUGGGCCUGUCCAACUCCAACAUGGACUAUAUCCAGACUGAUGCAACCAUUGAUUUUGGAAAUUCUGGAGGUCCCCUGAUUAACUUGGAUGGUGAAGUCAUCGGAAUAAACACCAUGAAGGUCACUGCAGGGAUCUCAUUUGCUAUUCCGUCCGAUCGCUUGAAGCUCUUUCUUCAUCAAGCAGCAAAAAAGAAGAAUUCUUGGUUUGGUGAGUCAGAGAUGAAGCGGCGGUACAUCGGUGUAAUGAUGCUGACGCUGACACAGAGCAUCAUUGCAGAGUUGAAGCUGAGAGACCCAUCCUUCCCAGACGUGACGCACGGCAUCCUGAUUCACAGAGUGAUCAUGGGCUCCCCGGCCGACCGAGCUGGCAUGCUACCAGGAGACAUCGUGGUGGAGAUUAAUGGAGUGAAGGUCAACACCUCAGAGGAGAUCUACCAGGCCGUCCGCAGCAGCGACAAAAUCACCAUGGUGGUGCAGAGAGGAAACGAGGUGCUUCAUCUGCAAAUGACUCCAGAGUUCACAGAGUGAUACUAACCUCACGUUAGCCUGAUGGACAGAUGUGAUUAGUUUGUGUACACAAGACAAGAAAACUGUGAAACCUGAUAGUGACCGUGGUUAAAUGAAAAUGUGUUUGCAGUUUGAAAAACCGUGUUUAUUAUAAAAGCCAUAUUUAUCAGUUCUGUUUAAACUUCGCUACAGCAGUGUUUCUCUGUUGAUGGCUGUUAUCUACACAAUGAUUUCAAGGUCCAUUCUCAAAUUCAUACUUUGGACCAUCAUGAGCCUACCAGCACCUAAAGACUUAAACAGUGUUUUUUCCUGUUUUUCUCAGUACCAUAAAAAAUGUCUUCUACCUCUA